AUGUCAUCUUUGCCGAGUAAUCCAACAGGACCAAGUAGCACAGCUGAUGAGAAUGAGGUUGCCAUUUUGGAUUCGGAAAAGGAAGAGGUGAAGGAAGAUGAUUCGUGUAAGAAACCUAGGGAAAAGAAAUUAACAUCUAAGGUAUGGUUUGAUAUGGAUAGAGUUAAGACUGCUACUGGUAUUCUUGCCAUAUGUAAGCAUUGUAAAAAAAAAAUGGCCGGGGAUAGCUCAUGCAGGACAAGCCAUUUGAAAAAACACAUAGAUAAUUGCAUUGCUAGAAGACAUAGGAGUGGAGGGCAGCAAGUACUUCAAUUGGCUAAAAAUGCUUUGGAUGAUAAAGUUAAAGUUCAAACUUUCAAGUUUGAUCAAGAGAGAAGUAGAAUGGAUUUGGCUAGAGCUAUAAUAAAACACAACUAUCCUUUUAACAUAGUUGAGCAUGAGUACUUUGAGAUUUUUCUGAAUAAUUUGGAGCCAAAUUUUAAGCUGGUUUCUCGAAAUACAGCCAGGGCAGAUGUGAUUAGUGUUUAUAAAGAAGAAAAGGCAGAAUUGUACAAGUAUUUGGAUGAUUUUGAUGGUAAGAUAAGUCUAACUACUGAUCUUUGGACAUCAGAUCACCAAAAUUUUGCCUAUGCCUGUUUGACAGCUCAUUAUGUCAAUGAACAUUGGGAAUUGAAAAAGAAAAUUAUUGCUUUUAAAUCUGUUCCAUAUCCUCAUGAUGGUGAAACAUUAGUUAGAUUUAUUUCUGAUAUCAUCUUGGAAUGGAACAUUGAUAAGAAGCUGACCUCUGUUGUUGUUGAUAAUACAUCUUCAAAUGAUUCAAUGGUUAAAUGUUUGAAAUCAUGGCUAUUGGAUAAGUCAUUGCUCAAUUUAGGAGGUGAUCUUUUUCAUGUUCGAUGUAGUGCACAUAUUCUUAAUUUGAUUGUGCAAGAUGGGUUAGCUAUUGUUGGAAAAUUGCUUCAUAAGAUUCGAGAGACCUUAAAGUACUUGAAAAGGUCUACUUCUUUUUAUCAAAAGUUUGAGAAUGCAAUUAAUCAAUGCAAGCUGAAAAAUAAAAAAAGAGUGGGUAUAGAUAUUCAAAAUAGAUGGAAUUCUACAUUCUUGAUACUUGAGACUGCUUUGCCUUUGAAGGAAGCUUUUUGUCGUUUAGAACAAAUGGACAGAAAUUACAAGUUCAAUCCUUCAGAAAAUGAUUGGAAAGUGGCUAGUGUUGUUCAUGGUUGUUUGAAAAAAUUUUAUGAAGCCACAUGUCAUUUUAGUGGUUCUAAUUUUCCCACAUCAAAUGUUUUCUUUCCCGAUAUAUGUAAUCUUCGUAUUAAGAUGAGGCAAUGGGAAGUUAGUGAGCAUGAUUUUAUUCGAGAAAUGGCUAUUCCAAUGAAAGCAAAAUUUGAGAAAUAUUGGGAAGAAUGUUCUUUGGUGCUAGCUAUUGCUGUGGUGUUUGAUCCUAGAUUUAAGUUGGCUUUAGUAGAGUAUUAUUACAAUGAUCUUUAUGGAGAAGGUGGUGAAAGAUAUGUGGAUAGAGUUCGUAAUGCUAUUGCUAACUUGUUUGUUGAAUAUGGAGGUGACCUUACUCCGUUUUUGAGUUAUGUUGGAGAUAAUAUAGGAGAAGGGACUUCUAGUUGUGGUAACAAAAAUAUAGAUGCAGAAGAUGAUGAUGAUAAGUUGUCUGAUUUUGACAAAUGGUAUCAGCAAUCAUGUUCUUCUACUAUUCUUGCUAGCCAAAAAUCUGAAUUGCAAUCAUACUUGGACGAGCCUGUAUUUCCAAGAAAAGAUAAUUUUGACAUAUUAGGUUGGUGGAAGGCAAACAGUCUAAAAUUUCCUAUUUUUAGCAAGAUGGCUCGUGAUAUUCUUGCAAUUCCAGCUACUACUGUGGCAUCGGAAUCAGCAUUUAGCGUUGGCGGAAGGGUAAUUGAUGAGACUUGUGCUGCCUUGCUUCCUGAUGUGGUCGAAGCUUUGAUAACGACGGGAGAUUGGUUACCUUUGAAAAAGAAAAGAAGUUGCAUCGAGUCGGGUCAUCUUGGGUGGACGAACUCCCCAACGUGCUAUGGUCCUACCGAACCACCUGAGAUCCGCUACACAGGAAACCCCGUUUUCUUUAACCUACAGUCCGAGGCAAUGGUCCCGGCUGAAUUCAUCACCCCGAACCCGAGCAUAGACGCCUUUGCAGCCGAGGUUAAUGAAGAAGGGAGAAGAGUAGAUCUUGACUUCAUCGAGAAAAAGAGGGACGCCGCAACAGCUAGAGUCGCAUUGUAUAAAAACAUCCUGACUAGCUACUAUAACGCUCGAAUUAGACACCUGCGGUUCAGCCCGGCGGACCUUGUUCUAUGA